AUGUCGCAGUCAAUAUCGCGUUCUUCGAGCUCGUCUGCUGGGGGGGUCAAGGCCAAGCCACGGGCGUAUCCGUUCUACCUGGGAGGAUGUGCGGCUUCGAUAGCAGCGCUGUUUACGCAUCCGUUGGACCUGACCAAGACGCGGAUGCAGACGGCCUCUGCACGGCAAGGCAUGUUCUCCCUUCUCGUCUCCACCUUUCGCCGCGAGGGUGUUCGUGGGUUGUACGUCGGUCUGACAGCAUCGCUCUUGCGACAAAUGACGUACAGCGUUACGCGAUUCGGAGCAUACGAUAAGCUCAAGGAGCUUACGCUCCAGAAUAACGGUGGUCGGCCGUUGGGCAUGGUUCAAAUGGCCCUGUGUGCUUCGGCGGCUGGAGCGGCUGGUGGGCUGGCGGGGAAUCCGGCGGAUAUUCUGCUGGUUAGAAUGACUAGCGACGUCAACAAGCCCAAAGAGCAGAGGUACAACUACCGCAACGCCAUCUCGGGUCUCGUUCGCAUGACGAAGGACGAAGGACUCGCAUCGUUAUUCCGCGGCCUUGGACCCAACACUGUCCGUGCGGUGUUGAUGAACGCCAGCCAGUUGGCGACGUACGACGUCUUCAAAACCGCCCUGUUGGGAACCGGAUACUUCAACGAGGGUACCGCACUGCACUUUUCGGCGAGCUUUAUGGCAGGCACGGUGGCAACGACGGUCUGCAGCCCAGCGGACGUCAUCAAGAGCCGCGUGAUGAACGCCCGUGGCUCGGGAGAUGGCAUCAUCAAAACGCUCAGAAAGGAUGUCGGCAAGGAGGGGGUGGGAUUCUUGUUUAGGGGUUGGACACCGGCGUGGAUGAGGCUCAGUCCGAACACGAUCAUUGUUUUCGUGGUGCUGGAGAAGCUCAGGUUGCUCGUGGACUAUACGCGGGCAGAAACGAAGCACGGCGAUGUGGACAGGGCGUAG